CAAUAUUGUUAGUGCCACAAAGAAAACGACCAACACAAUUGCAUUGCAUGCAAUCAAUACUUGUUAUGUAAUAUGUGUCCACACUCUUACGACACUACUAAGUAUUCUGUUGGUAGAGAGUAAUGCUUUAGUUUGGAUAUCUAAAGCAUCACAUGAUCGGGACAAUCGGACUGAUCUCAACCAGCAACAGCAGACUAUGGCCUCACAACGCACAGCCUGCCUUUUCCCUUCUGGACUAUCACAAGUGAAUCUCUCUGUUUGACACUUCCUUUCUUUGGUCUACUUUUACUGCCUUCCCUUUUCUCGCUUGCCUUUAUUCUGUGACCGUCCUGUAGUCUGCGUGUGAUGGAGGACUCGGAGCCUGUGCAGCCCAGCCUCAACUCCUCCUACAUCCCGGCUGCUCUGGGUCACCAGCAGUUAUCUGAGGAUGAGCAGAGCGAGGAGCAGAACCCCUCAGCCUCCCUGCUGCCCAAACAAUCCUCAGUGCCUCUGGCCGUGCGCUACAGUCCAGAGGACCCUUACUUUCUGGUUUACAUCAUCUUCUUUCUGAUGGGCAUCGGCUCCCUGCUGCCCUGGAACUUCUUCAUAACAGCAAAACACUACUGGCUCUACAAACUGAGCAACGACACACAUCACAGCGGCAGUGAGGAACAACGCUCAGACCUCAGCGACUACUUUGAAAGUUAUCUGGCCAUUGCCUCCACCGUGCCCUCUGUGCUCAGUCUGAUACUCAACUAUGUCCUGGUUAACAGGGUGUCCUCAAACGUGCGGAUCCUGUCCUCCCUUUUUGUGAUCCUGCUGGUGUUCGUGGUCACCACGGUGAUGGUGAAGGUGGACGUGUCUGACUGCAGGACGGAGUUCUUCAUCGGCACGCUGGUCAGUGUGGCUGUGGUCAGCGCAGCCUCCAACGUCUUCUCUGGCAGCAUGUUCGGCAUCAGCGGGCAUUUCCCCAUGAGGAUCUCUCAGGCUCUCAUAUCAGGCCAGGCCAUGGGGGGCACUCUGAGUGCUCUAGCAUCAAUAGUGGACCUGUCCGUGGCGAAGGAUGUGACGGACAGCGCUCUCGCUUACUUCCUCACAGCCGACGUCUUCAUCCUGCUCUGCAUCAUCACAUAUCUGCUGCUGCCCAAGUUUGCAUACACUAGACACUACAUGAUGGCAGCGACGCACCUUGGUUCAGGGGGGACAAGCGAGGGGGCCGUCUCCGUCCCACCGCUGCGGCCGAUCCUCAGGAAGACAUGGGUGCUGGGCCUGAGCGUCUUCUACGUCUUCUGUGUCUCCAUCAUGGUGUUCCCUGCAGUCUCCUCAGGGAUCCAGUCUGCCAAUAAAGACAGUGGCAGCCCCUGGACCACCACUUACUUUGUGCCCAUCACCAGCUUCCUCCUGUACAACAUAUCAGACUUCUGUGGCCGGCAGUGCACGGCCUGGCUGCAGGUCCCCGGGCCGACCAGCAGGGUCCUGCCUGCCCUGGUGCUGUGCCGCUCCGUCAUGGUGCCCCUCCUCAUGUUCUGUAACUACCAGCCCAGGGACCACCUCAACACUGUGCUUUUCGGCCACGACGUGUUCCCUGUGGUCUUUAACUGCCUGCUAGGCCUCACUAAUGGCUACUUAGGCACUCUGCCAAUGAUUUACGGUCCUAAGGUGGUCCCUCGAGAGCUGGCCGAGGCCACAGGAGUCGUCAUGUCCUUCUUCCUCACUCUGGGCCUGGCUGUAGGAUCUGCUUUCUCUGUGCUGAUUGUGCACUGCAUCUGACCAGGCUGUUGUCCUCUACAGGUGUGUAGUUGAACUAUACAGCAGACAGUGGCUGGACAGCAGACUGAUGAAGACUAACAGCACACCAGUGUUCUGACAUGAGGGGAAAAAAAAACGAUAAUCAUUUUUGCCUCUAACUCUACAGUAUUUUGUUUACUCUAAUGUGGCUCAUGUUAGCCUUACUGUAUCUGCAACAUUAGCAAUGUGUGCAGUUCAUUUGUAAGACCUCAUCACAUCUAUUUGGUACAAGUCUUUCUGGUACAUAUACAAUUGUGAUGCCAAGGUUGUUAAAUGUUAUAUUAAUUCUCACUAACAAAAUGUGUGGAUAGAGAAGAUCAGGGUUCUUACAUUUUCCAAAUCCAUAUUUUGUCUCAUCAGUCUGAAAAAUGCCUCGACUCAGUGGGGCCAUUUUCUUACUUGUAAACUAAUAUGGCAUUCCUAAGAAGUCACCAAUCAGGGAUCUAGCAUCUUUUCAAAAUAGAUUAAGUUUAUUUUCAGUAGCUUACACUUUAUGUAACCAUUGACACAAAAGCCAUAACAGAUGUUAUACUGCACUGGGCAAGUAGUACUCCUUUUUAUUAGGGAUUCUAACGUAUAAGUAUUUUUUCAAUAGCUUCUGUCAUGUGACUCAGUCACUCCCAAUCAAUUCAGUAUUGUAUAACGACACCUCUCAAUUCAAAAAUGUGUGGUAGAAAUAUUGUAAUUUCUACCCAAUCACUUACACGACUGACUCCCGAACCAUACAAAUAUAAAUAACCUGGAUUUAAUUGCUUUUAUUUACGAAUGUUAAAAUUCUGCUAUUUUCUCACGAGGGAAUAUGUGUGUAGAUGUCCUCAGGGCUGGAAUGUUGUAAUCCAUAAGAAAUUUGGAGGAUAUUGAAGAAUGUUUGAGUUCCAACAACUAGAUGCUGACUCCUUGUGCGGUUUACAGUAAAACCGCAAGACUAUUUUAUUUUUUUAAAUGUGGGACAGAAACAGCAGGGACUGCAUUCUAGAUGGCGGUUUUGCCACAGUUUAACAGUUAGCCUUUUUACAUUUCAAUUUGCAGAUCACAAAUCUGCAUUGUACUGAAGAGGGAGUUCUUUAAAUGACCAAGAGGUGAGUGGGUGUUGAGGUAGCACAACAUGUUGUCUGGCAAAACCAGUAGCAGUUAGGUUAAGCGUGAUAAAAAUAGAGAGCUUAAUUACUUGUACAACAAAAGGAAAUAAAACUAAAUAGAGUGGA